GAAAACUCAAGCUCUCCUAGAAGAAGAGGCAACGAACGGAUUUGCCCUCAAAAGGAAACAUGCUAGUUCCUCAUCCUCUUGUAAGCUCCUCAAAGAAAAGAGACAUUGACACACAAGCUGAGAAAAUCAAGCAUGAUGGUGUUGCUUUGCCUGGUUUAGAUAUUUCUUUGACAACAAUCGUAAAAAGAGAGGCUGUAAAGUAUCACGAGAAGUUUAUUUUGAACCCUGAUGGUCUCUACAGCAAAACAAAGAAAAAUCAUGUCUGCUGACCUCCCUUCAAUUCUUGAUCUGACAGACAAGUCUUUUGGCUCACAAAGAUCAACCUUCACGGCAGAGCAAUGAGAUUAUAUCAACACCUA